AGAAAUGUGAUGACAAUUAAUAAUGAAACGAUUGUUUGUUUGCAGAGCUCUCAGAACCGAUUGCUGAUCAAAGGCGGACGUAUUGUCAACGACGACAAUAUCUUCGACGCCGAUGUCUAUAUCGAAGAGGGAAUCAUCAGACAAAUUGGUCCGCAUUUGACAGUUCCCGGGGGUGUGAAGACGAUCGAAGCGAAGGGCCAGUAUGUGAUCCCCGGAGGCAUUGAUCCGCACACUCACAUGCAGUUGCCGUUUAUGGGAACGCGAGCUAUCGAUGACUUCUACACCGGAACAAAGGCAGCGCUGGCCGGCGGCACC